AAGGGGCGUCGCCCUCUGCUCCCUGGACUCAGCCUGUCAAUCGUCUCUGGCUGAAGCAGUCGGGGGGGUUCCAGACGAGGCUCUGGGAUUUACUGAUUUCCAGGUUUCCAGGUUUCCAGAGUCAAACUCUCGUCGACAGUCGAAGACUCUCAGGACAAUGGAGGAAGAUUUCCAGUCUCCAGUGAACUUUGACCUCCUGCGCUCUGACGUGACACAAGACGAGCAGGAUUCAAAUCCAGACCCAGGACUGGACCUAGUGUCCCAGGAUCAACCAAACCAGAACCAUGAGAGUCUGACAAAGCUCCAGGAGCAACUGAAUCCUCGCUGUGAUCUGGAGGUCAAAGGUCAGACAGAACGUCGUCCAGAUUCACCUGACGACCAGGAUUCAUCUGAUGUCCACGAUGGUCCAGAGGGUGGAGGACGUUUAACUGAGUCCGACCUGAGUCCAGUCGACCUCCUGGGUCGGUCGGGAUCAGAUCCUAACAGAGCUUCAGGUCAGGACGCCGAGCAUCAGGUCGUCCAUCACUCACACCGUGACCUGACAACUGCAGCAGCCAAUCAGGACGGAGCCGGGGGGGCACGUGGCAGCGUCCCGGCGCUGGUUGUCACUCAGGCAGAGGAGUGUCCAGCUCCAGGGGCCGUGGUUGGGACCCCGGUGAGUCCGACACCAUCAGAGCCUCAGAGAGCGGAGAGACCUGCACACCAGGUGGCCCCUGAGAACCUGCUCACCGAUCUGAGCUCCAGCAGCGAUGGAGGAGACAUGACCUGCUGCGACCUCCUGUCGCUCCGCAGCGACUCCGUGUCUCUAGGCAGCGAGACGACCAUCUCCAGGAAGAGUGAAGACGACGACACCAGGAGUGUGACAGCCUCCUCCGUCACAUCUCUGUUCCACAGGGUGCAGCUGGACCCUCUGGAGAAGGCCUGGUUGAGGAGCUCAGCUCUGGGAAACAUGGCGGCUCAGCAGCAGCUGCUCGCUCAGGAGCCCGGCCUCGUGGUGAAGAAGGACUUCAUCACAUUUACUGCUCUUCACUGGGCAGCGAAGCAGGGUCGUCAGGAGGUCGUGGACAUGAUGCUUCGCUCCGGAGCCGACGUCAACGUCCGAUCACAUGGGGGUUACACAGCGCUGCACCUCGCCUCCAUCCACGGCCACCAGCACGUCAUCCACGCCCUCGUCAACACCUACAGUGAGCUCCGAGCAGGUCCAGUGUCUGAGGCCCCUGCAGGAGCCCCCCCGCUGGGCCCCGGCUCCGUCAGGAGCGUCCAGACGGAGACAAGUUUCCAAACUAAAAACGUCUCUGUUUCAGCCGAUCAGGAUUCAUGCGUGUGA